ACCGGAUUCGUAGUGCUCAACACGUUCCUUUCGCACACUCUCUGGAAGAGACCUUUUCUUUCUCUUUCCUUUCUUUCCUCUCUAUCGUCGCCGGCGACGAGGCUGCUGGCGAGUUUAGGCCGACGUCUUUUCAUCAACUUCUCUUCUUCUUUCUCUAAUUUAGACCCAUCACAAUGUCGGACACGGAUAAGCCACAGUGCGGCAGCGAGGUCGAUGGAGCAGCGUACGACUUCCCUCUGCACGUUGCUGCAGUCUUCAUCGUCUUCCUGGCCAGCAUUGGAGGCGCAGGUUUCCCGGUCGUCGCGAAGAAGGUCAAGUGGAUGAAGAUCCCUCCCCCGAUCUUCUUCUUCUGUAAGCACUUUGGUACCGGUGUCCUGAUUGCGACUGCAUUCGUCCAUCUUCUGCCAACUGCCUUCGCAUCACUCAACGACCCGUGCCUUCCGGACCUGUUCACCGACAAGUACCCCGCCAUGCCCGGUGUUAUCAUGAUGGGAUCGCUCUUCGUUCUCUUCGUUAUUGAGAUGUGGCUUAAUGCGAAGACUGGAGGACAUAGCCACGGAAGCGCAACUGGAGCUGAAUUCGCUGGUGGAGCCGCACCAGCAGGAAUCCAGGACGCCUUCAACCACCCGCUCAGGCGCGCGGCAAGCUACGGCUCGCAGACUACGAUGGCGUAUCCCCCUGACAAGCAAGGAUGGGUCGAGAACACGUAUCCGGUGGACAACUUCCCUUUCCCCAAGGAGGACGGCCUUGAUGCCAAGUCUGAGAUGCCCCCAUGGUUCAUUGUCUUCUACGAGCAGUACGUCCGCCAGCGCGACGAGAUGGUGUCCCAAAUCAACCGUGUGAUGCCCGCUCUCCCCGGCUAUAGCCAGCAAUCGACCGAAAGCGCCAACCAGCAGAAGUCCUACUUCGAAGACGACGUCGAGAACCAGGCAGUCGACCCGCUUGUGCUUAAGAAGCAGUCUAUGCAGAUCACUUUGAUUGAGGGCGGUAUCCUGUUCCACUCCGUCUUCGUCGGUAUGACCGUCUCCAUCACGGCCGACGGCUUCGUCAUUCUCCUCAUCGCCAUCGUUUUCCACCAGAUGUUCGAAGGUCUCGGUCUCGGCUCUCGUAUUGCGGCUGUUCCCUACCCGAACGGUAGCUGGAAGCCCUGGGCUCUUGUCGUCGCUUUCGGCACCACUGCUCCCUUCGGCCAGGCGCUCGGCCUCGUCACCCGCGGCAGCUACGAUCCCAACAGUGCUUUUGGUCUGAUUCUGGUCGGUGUCUUCAACGCCAUUUCUUCCGGUCUUUUGAUCUACGCUGCGCUCGUUGAUUUGCUUGCCGAGGACUUCCUUUCUGAGGAGGCCCAGCACACAAUGAGAGGAAGUACGAGGACCAAGGCGUUCAUUUAUGUCCUGAUGGGCGCUGCUGGCAUGUCCAUUGUCGGUGCUUUCGCGUAGAGAGUCACUCCAUUGCUCUUUUCUACCAUAAUGGGACCGCUCAUGAUUCACGCUUGUCUCGCCCUUGGAACGGGUAUCUCAUCGCACGUUCUCUCUUGAACUACGCACAUCCCACCAUCCCCAGGAUGCCUGCGGUCCCGUUCAUGCGGCGGCUCCAGGCACCCUGGGGUUUUCUCUUUCCUCUCAUUUGUCAAGAAGCGACAAGUCUACAGCAUCCUGUUUGGGUAAGGCUUAAUGUGGUCAUGUCACGCACGGGGAUCCUGUACACUAGGGGCCGAGGCCUGGGGCGUGUUGGUGUUUUUGCUGUACAUGUCUUUUUUUCGAAUACACUUACAGAACAUCUAAAAAGGGGC